AGACAAAUUGCUCUGAUAUCCCAUAUAAGGCACAAUAGUUUUGUGAUAUCGUGCCAUGUAGCUCGAUUUGGUCUACCGUCCACACGUCGAGCCGAUUCCCUCCCUAGGCGUCCUAUCGCAGUGUACUCUAUAGAGGAGAGUAUAACAUAAAUUUUUCAAAUAUACUCGGUAUCACAUCCUAAAUUCAUACUGGAAGUUUAAUCCGGUUCUGUACAUUAAUACGCCAAGCUUUGAACAAAGACCAUGGCGAAGGAGUCCGAUGCUGCAGAGGCAGCACCUGCUUCCAAGGUGGACGACUUGGGAAGGAAAGUCUGGGAUCGCUCAUACUACUCGGAAAAGGCCGCUGGGAAGACUGGACGAACUGGAGAUGAAGUAGAGCAAGCAAUCUCCACCCUUCUUCCUGAUCCCAGAAGGUCCGUAGUACACGUUCCAGCCGUCCGCGAAAAUCUUAAAAGAAGGACACAAACCGUAGAUUUAACCAAAAACCUAGGGAGAUCGGAAGUAAUAAAUGCAUUAGCGCCAAAAUCGCAACAAGGCGGAUUCUACUGUGAAGUCUGUGACUGUCUAAUCAAGGAUUCCCAAGCAUAUCUGGACCAUCUCAAUGGAAGGAAACAUAAUAGGUUACUAGGAAUGACCAUGAGGGUCGAAAAGGUCGAUUCAAAAACAGUGGCUGCAAAAUUACGCAGUCUGGCCAGCCAAGAUCUGGUAGCCAAAAAAACUAGGGAAGAAUUAGAAAAGGAAGCUCAGGAACGUAUCGAAGAAUUAGAAAUGUACGAACGAGAAAUGCGCGAAAAAAGGCGACUCUUGAAAAAGAAAAAACGAACAAAAGAUGAAGAUGUAAAGUCCCAAGAUAUUAAACAACCAAAGGUUGAACCGGAUGUUGACAUCACACCAGAAAUGGAAGCAAUGAGGGCAUCUGGAUUACCAAUUAGCUUCUCCUAA